UUAUAUAAUAUAUUUUUUUAAUUUAUGAGCACAACAUAGAAUACUUUACAAGUUGUACAACACUCCCUUUAAUAAUUCCAUUUAUCAUUUUUCCAAGAAAAGAUGGAAUUGCCUCGUACACAUUUUUACAAAACACACUCACUUACUCCUCUUCCUUCACUUUUCUUUAUCAUUCACACAAAAGAAAAAAAAAUUGAGAUUGAAACAAUAAUCUCAUAUCAGUCAAAAGAUUGAAUUCAGAAAGCGAUUGGAGUUGUGUCUGUUGGCAGAGUAGAAGUUCAACUGUCCGAAUUUUGUCGGAUCUUAAAUUCCAAUUACAUCCGGUUAUGUCCAUUUUCUUAUCAGCGGAACAAGAUGAUUUUGCCACCGAAAGAAUCGCUCCAAGUCAAUUUCGUUUCUCUUGGAAACGGAAUUACGAGUGGAAGUUCCUAAAGUCACAACCUUCGGAUACUUUCAAAAUUUGCAAAGGGAACAAGAUCAUUACUGAUUGCAAACAUAGUGAUGUUAAGGUUAGACAAAUCUACAAGGACAAGUGUACUCUCAUUUCGGUUAUGGCACGAUUUGCAAUCAAGCAUUCCUUUAAUUACUAUACCAAAAGAUCGGACAAGAAAAGCUAUGUCCUACAAUGCUGUUCGGAGGAUUGUGUUCGGAUCUUUAAAGCAUUAUGUCGUCGGGGUACAGAACUGUUUAAAGUUGAUGUUCACACAUGUCCGUUGAAAGAUCGUGUUUUUACUCAACUUCAAGCUACAGUUGGGUUUGUUAGUGAUUUUGUUGCACCAAAACUUGUCAAUUAUAUAAGAAUACAUACCCCGAAUGAUAUAAUCAAAGAUAUUAAAAAUGCUUUUGGUGUAAACAUUAACUAUCAGAAGGCUUGGAGGGCUAAAGACCGUGCGAUUGAGAUGUUAAGUGAGAAACCUGCGGAUAGUUAUCGACAAAUUGCUCGAUAUGUAUACAUGUUAAAUUUCAUAUAUCCAGGUUCACAUAUUAGAAUGCAUAAAUUCAAGGAUAAUAAAUUUAUGUAUUUGUUCGUUGCAUUGCAACCUUUGAAGAGUGGAUUCGAGUAUUGCAGGCCUGUAGUUGUGGUUGAUGGUGCGCAUUUGAGUGGAGCAUAUAAAGGUACAUUUAUUUCUGCAAGCACUCUUGAUAGAGCAGGACGCAUUCUGUCGAUUGUGUAUGGUGUUGUUGAUAGUAAAAAGGAUAAUUUGUGGACUUGGUUUUUCGAGAACUUCAGAAUUGCUUUUGGAGAGCGCGAUAGUAUGUGUGUUGUAUCCGACCGUCAUGAAAGCAUAACUAAGGCUGUGUCUGUUGUAUAUCCGAAUGUGCCGCACCUUGCAUGCAUUUGACACUUGUGGAAGAAUGUUUCCACAAACUUCAGGAAGAUUAAAAAUAGACUUAGAGAUAUUUACUAUGCUAUGGCCAAGGCUUACCGCAAAGAUGAGUUUGAUUUUUUUUGAAAUCAAGUUGGGAAGUUGAUAAGAGGGUAAAGUCUUAUCUUGAGGAUGCUGGAUUUAAAAAGUGGGCACGCGUGUAUGCACCUGUUAAUCGUGGUAGAAUGAUGACUUCAAAUAUAGCGGAGAGCAUAAAUGGUAAAUUGAAGCUAGCACGUGAGUUACCUAUAAUAGAAUUUUUAGAGCAGGCUAGGAAAUUGUUUGAAAAGUGGAAUUGCAAGAAUAGAGAAAGAGCAUCGUAUGCAAACACAUCACUUGGUAGUAGAUUUGAAGGAAUUCUUCAGCUAAAUACUUCAAAAUCUACAAGGCUUAAGGUUAGUGCGUCAUCAACAUAUGUAUAUUCUGUUUAUGAUGACGGGAGAAAGUACAUAGUAUGUCUUGAUAGGAGGACUUGCUCUUAUGGUAGAUUCCCAUUGGACGAGAUAGUAUGUGAACACGCGAUUGCAGUACUAAAAAGCAUGCAUGUAGUUGAUAUGAAGCCUUAUUGUUUAGACUUUUAUUAUCCUGAAACAUUAAGGAAGACGUAUGAAGAAUCUAUGUUUCCAAUGCCCGAUAAGAAGGACUGGAUUGUGCCAUAAGAAGUUACGGACGAAGUUGUGUUACCACCAAAAUACAAACGUCAACCCGGAAGGCCAAAGAAAAACAGGCACAAGAAAUCAAGUGAAACUAUGACAUCGAGUAGUAAUUGUUGGGGGAGAUGUGGUUAUGCAGGUCACAACAGGCGUACUUGUAACUUCUUUCCAAAAGGGCACUGACAAUGCUAUUGACUGAUUAUUAAUUUGGAAUAAUUUGUUAUCUUUUAGUUGAAUUUCUUUCAUUUUUAAUGCAACAUUUUAGUUGAUGACAUUAUUGUUUUUUAAGAAUUUUAAGCAAAAUAGUUUCUGUAAUAAACAGUUGUUUUCGCUCCUUGUUAAUUAUUUA